AUGUCUGAAUUUCAGCAAGACCCUCUCCCGGCACUGGCCGUUGUAGGUCUGUCACUCAAGUUCCCAGAGGAAGCGGUGUCUCCUGAUGCAUUCUGGAAUAUGAUCAUCGAAGGGAGGUGCGCAUCCAAGGAGUUUCCGCCAGACCGUUUCAACAUUGACGCCCAUUACAACCCGGACCCAAACCGCUUAGACUCGGUGUCUAACCGCGGGGGUCACUUUCUCACCGAAGAUCCCAGCCUUUUUGAUGCCCCUUUUUUCUCCAUAACUGCGGCUGAGGCCAGUGCGAUGGAUCCGCAGCAACGACUGGCCCUUGAAACAUCAUACCGCGCUCUCGAAGAUGCGGGACUCACCAUGGAACGGGUGGCCCGCUCAAGAACAUCGGUCUUCACCGGGGCGUCCACCAAUGAUUAUCAGGCGAUGCUUACCCACGACCCGCUGAACGUCCCCAAGUUUACUGCUACGGGAACCUCCCCGAAUAUGCUUUCAGGUCGUGUGAGCUGGUUCUUUAACCUCGCCGGCCCCAGCGUCACCGUUGACACUGCCUGCUCGAGUGGCCUGGCGGCCAUUGACCUGGCAUGCAAAUCGAUUUGGAGCGGUGAUGCAUCUAUGGGAAUCGCCCUCGGGGUGAACGCAAUUCUCAGCCUUGAAACCACCCUCAGUCUAAGUAACCUAGGUCUUCUGUCUAAAGACAGUCGGUGCUUCAGCUUCGAUAGCCGUGGAAAUGGCUUCGCUCGUGGUGAGGGCAUCGGCGCCAUUGUGAUCCGACCUCUGGGGGAUGCCAUCCGAGACGGUGAUUGUAUUAGAUCUGUCAUACGGUCUACUGCGAUGAAUCAGGAUGGAAAGACCCCGGGUAUCACGUUGCCGAGCAUUGAAAUGCAAGAACAGCUCAUUCGUGAAACCUAUCAUAAGGCUGGUCUUGAUUUGGACUCUACUCGCUAUUUUGAAGCGCAUGGAACGGGUAUGGGAUCUGUGAAAUCCAAUAUCGGUCAUCUUGAAGGGGGUAGUGGAAUAGCAGGGGUUUUGAAAGCAAUCCUUGCUUUGGAGAAGGGAUUCAUCCCACCCAAUAGCGAGAACUAUGAAAGUAUGGAAGACACUGAAAGUAUUUACUUGCAAGUACUAAUGCCCAUCCAGAUAGCGAAGCGUCCAGUGCCAUGGCCUACUGACGGUCUUCGCAGGGCGUCAGUCAGCUCAUUCGGCUUUGGGGGGACCAACGCACACAUUGUGCUUGACGACGCUUAUAACUACCUUCAAUCCCGUAAUCUCACAGGAAGCCACAAUACCGUUCGCAAGCCUGGCUUCCCGCAGGGGGUCGAGGCCCGUGAUUCCAGUAUUACAAAGCCCGCAAAUGCUGUAUCAAAGCUUCUAGUGUGGUCCUCAUGGGAUGAAAAGGGCAUUCAACGUCUGCAGGACACAUGGAAACCAUUUCUAUCCGAAAUCCAAUCCGAUAACCGUGCUUCAUUUCUGCAUGACCUAGCGCACACUCUGGCCAGUCGACGAACUCACCACCCUUGGAAGACCUUCGCCAUCGCCGGUUCAUCGGAUGAUUUCACCACGAUUGCAGAUAAAUUUGCCCCUGCAGAACGGUCGCUUACCUCGCCAAAUAUGGCGUUGGUAUUUUCGGGGCAAGGAGCACAGUGGUUUGCCAUGGGCCGGGAGCUGCUCCACUCCACUCCCCUAUUUCUACAGAGCAUUCAAGCAGCAUCGGCAUAUUUGACUUCCCUGGGCUGUGAAUGGGAUCUUCUUGAUGAGUUCCAAAAGUCACAGGCCGAAUCGCGUGUCAACAAGCCCGAGUUUAGUCAAACCAUGUGUACUGCCCUUCAGGUCGCCCUGGUUGAUUGUCUGACUGCGUGGAAUAUUGUUCCUCACGCGGUGGUGGGCCAUUCCUCUGGGGAAAUUGCUGCUGCUUAUUCUGCCAACGCGAUCACUCGAGAGUCGGCUUGGAAGAUAGCUUAUCAACGAGGAAGAUUGAGCGGCAGACUUGAGACCAGCAGCCCGAGACAGGGUUCAAUGUUGGCAGUUGCUCUUUCUGCCAAAGAUGUAACACCUUACUUGGAUGCGGUGAAACUCCAAGAGAAGGAGGCAAACUUGAAUAUUGCCUGCGUCAAUAGUCCGACGAGCGUCACGAUCUCUGGAUACGAGAUCCUGAUAGAUGCUCUUAAAGAGCAGUUCGAUGAGGCAAACGUGUUUGCUCGAAAGUUAAAGGUAGGCGUUGGUUAUCAUUCAGCGCAGAUGCAAGAAAUUGCGGAAGAGUAUGAAGAGGCCCUUGGUGUCUUAGAAAAGCCUUCUGCGACGGAGAAGCAUGUGCCCCAGAUGGUCUCGUCUGUUACUGGCACCUGGAUAGAUUCCAAGGCACUUCGUAUUCCGCGUUAUUGGGUACGAAAUAUGGUCUCACCUGUCCUAUUCUCUGACGCCUUAUCAACGAUCUGCUCUGGUUCAUCGACCGACCCGACCAAGAAACUGGAUUACAGUCAUCGCAGGCGGAAGCCGAUCCACCACUUGAUUGAGGUGGGCCCUCAUGCCGUACUCCAGGGCGCCUGCAAAGACAUUCUCAAGUCUGUGGAGAAGGAAAAAUCAGUUGCCUACGUUUCUGUAUUGGUGCGCAACGUUUCAGCCUCUGAGACAGCGCUCUCUGCAGUUGGUAAACUCUGGUGUGCUGGGUAUCCGGUCGACCUCACUUCCGUCAACAUGGACCCCGUCAGACGUCCGCAGACAUUGGGAAAUCUUCCUCAGUAUCCAUUUGACCACUCCAGGUCUUACUGGCAUCACAACCUGAUAAGCAGAGGAGUCCGUCAUCGUCGGUUCGGUCGAAAUGACUUGCUUGGAACUCCCGUGCCACUCUGGAAUCCAUUGGAGGCGCAAUGGCGAAACAUCAUCCGACCGUCUGAAAUCCCGUGGGUUUCAGACCAUAAGGUUAAUGGUACGAUUUUGUACCCUGGAACGGGAAUGCUAGUUAUGGCUAUCGAAGGCGCAAAGCAAAUGGCCGAGCCGGACAAGGCCAUCAGCGGUUUCAAUAUCACAGAAACCAGUUUCAGUGCCGCAGUUCGAAUCCCACCCAAUAAAGAUGCCGUUGAGACAAGCUUUUAUAUGCGGCCCAUCCAGGAUGCCGCUUCGAAAAGCCCGAGUUCGUUCAACUUCCGACUUUGCAGUUAUGAAGAUGAGAACUGGAUAGAAUGCUGUGCUGGGUCUAUUCAGAUCGUGUAUAGCACGGCCGAUCAGUCCUCGCCUCAGAGCGACGACGAACGGAUCUCUCGAGAAUUGCUCAAUUAUCAAGCUAAAGGCUACUCUGAUCUUCAACACAGGGCCAUCUCUGGAAUGGACAAUGCCGGGAUAUACGAAUUUGCAUGCAAGUGUGGACUCGGCUAUGGCGAAUCCUUCCAGUUGAUUAGCAACUUGUCGUUCCACCGCGACGAUGAUUACCAGGUUGUUGGCCAAAUCCGCCGCGGCGAGAAGGGCAAUGAAACAAUCCAUCCGACAACCCUGGACGCAAUCAUUCAGCAGGCUCUCUGGACGCUGUCGAAAUCUGGAACAGAGAUGUUUCCCACGGUCGUUCCUAGGAGACUGAAAAAGAUGUGGAUCUCGCACGAACGGCUUGCUCAGACCCCCAGAUCGGAGCUUCUCCGAGCACACGCCACCCGCUUUGAUGACCCUCACCACGGUAUUAUUGGUGACAUCCGUGCAUUCAAUGACAAGCUACAAGAAGUUCUAGUAGAUGUCAUUGGACUUCAAAUGAAUGUGGUCAGUGACACAAUUACUGAGGAUGUCAAAGAAGACACCUUGCAAGACUACAGAUGUCACCAGCUCGAAUGGAAGCCGGAUCCGCAGCUGCUUACCAACAAUGAGGUGGUCGAUCUCUGCACCAAUUCAGUGCAAGACAACUAUAACCUGGGUGAUGUAUCCGAAGAGUUUGCAUUUACAAUCUUUGUGCGAGUUUUCAAAACACUAUCAGAAUUGCGCAACCAAGAAUACACUCCCUCGCAACCACAUCUGAGGAAGUACGUUGACUGGAUGAUCGAGCAAGAGAGGCGAUUUAACGAUGGCGAAGUCGUGUUCGCCCGGGAGCCCUGGAUAAGUCGGUUCAAGGACCCUGUGUUCAUUGAACAGGCAGAAGAGCGUACAUCCAAGGCGAAUUCCCGAGGAUAUGUCAUUGCUAAUGUGUCGCGACAUCUUCCACAACUUCUUAGCGGCGAGAUAAAUCCGUUGACUUUCCUGUUCGAGGGAAACCAGCUGAAGGACUUUUACUUUGAAUCUCUUUAUGACACGGUCGGGGUCCACCGACUUGGCGCAUACCUGGACAUUCUAUCUAAUCAGAACAACUCCCUGCGGGUGAUUGAGGUUGGCGCCGGCACUGGAUCCUUCACUGACAUCAUCAUGCGAUUUCUUGGUCGCACCGAUGAUGAAUCCAGCGAGCGGAGAUAUGCCCGCUGGGACUUCACUGACAUCUCCCGCUCGUUCUUCAGUGAAGCCCAGGACCUGUUCCGGGCUGAAGGAGAUCGUGUUCAAUUCAACUCACUUGACAUUGAGCAGGACCCUGGCAAUCAAGGUUUUGAGUGUGGGACAUACGAUAUGGUUGUCGCAUCGCUGGUACUCCACGCCACGCAUGAUCUCAAGAAGACGUUGAUCAAUGCUCGCAGGCUAUUGAAGCCAGGUGGAAAGCUUGUCCUGAAUGAGCUUACGGCCCAUGACAUUCUUCGAACAUCAUUUAUCUUUGGACUGCUCGAAGGGUGGUGGUUGAGUUCCGAAUCUUACCGCAAGUUCGGUCCAUGUGUGAACGACGCUCGUUGGAAUGACUUGCUUCGGGAAACAGGAUUCUCCGGACUGGAUGUAGCUCUCCGGGACUACGAUGACUCGCGUUGUUGGGAAUGCAGCGUUUUGGUUGCAACUGCUGUCGAGGAGACGAAGCCAGUGAAGUGCAAUUCUGAUAUCGAGAUUUAUUACAGCAAAGCCUCGCCCAGACAGACCAGUUCAGCUGAGAUUCUGGCAGCUCAUUGUCAGCCGCUCACCAAGACAUCAGUCAGCUGUUUGCCUAUUGAGGACGUUCCGGCGGAAGCCUCGGGAACACCAUCCUUGCGGAUCUUCCUGGUUGACCUGGAACGCCCGACACUGCCUGAAAUGGAGACUCAACUAUUCUUCACGUUGCAGCAUUUACUGUGCUCAAGCGCUGAUGUGUUGUGGAUCAACUCUGGUGGUGGUUUGUUGACGUCGAGUCCUCAGCAUAGAGUGGUGGAUGGGUUGUUGCGAGCGGUCUCCGCUGAGAAUGAUAAGCAUUGCUAUGUACUGUCACUGGACCAAGUUGGUGAGGUACAGAAUCUGGUCCACCAAACAACCAAAGUGAUCAAUUUGCUACUCCAGGCCUCGGCAAACAACAAAGACAUCGAUACGGAGUAUCUCGAGGAUCACGGCGUGCUUCAUAUUCCCCGAUUGGUGGCUCCGCCUUCAUUGAAUGAGGAAAUGUCCUCUCGAACAAGUUCGACGCACAGCAAGGUACAGAGCUUCGAUUGCGGUGUCCCCCUUAAGCUCGACAGUGCCAACUCCAACCUACUUGGUGGGUUCCAAUUCAUAGAAGAUGAGCUUGCAAGUCAGCCUUUGGGACCGGAUGAGAUCGAAGUCAAGGUUCAGUGUACUGGUGUUAACUUCCGCGACGUGCUCAUUGCAGUCGGACAACUGAAGUCACCCCACACUGGAUUUGAAUGCUCUGGUGUCGUUUCUCGCAUAGGAGAUGCAUGCAAGCGUUUCCAGGUCGGCGACGCCGUUGCGUUACUCUACACGGGCUGCUUUUCGACUUUUAUCCGCGUCAAAGAAGCUGAGGCUGUGGUCAAGACCGGGCCUGUUGCGUUCGGCGACGCUGCUGCUGUUCCUGUCAACUUUGCCACUGCCUUCAUUGCGAUCCACGACGUCGCUCGUAUGCGCCCCAACGAGUCGAUCUUAGUUCAUGCCGGCGCAGGUGGCACUGGGCAGGCCGCAAUCCAACUCGCACAGAACCUUGGUGCAGAGGUUUUUGCAACGGUGGGGUCUCAAAAGAAGAAACAAUUUCUCAUGGACACGUACGGCCUUCCAGAGUCGCACAUUUUCUCAAGCCGCUCUACACUAUUUGCUCCCGCUAUCAAGCAGCGCACCCAUGGUAGGGGUAUCGAUGUGAUUUUCAACUCCUUAGCAGGCGAAAGCCUGAAGGCUUCCUGGGAGUGCGUCGCGUCGUAUGGUCGCUUCAUAGAAAUUGGGAUCAAAGAUAUUCUAGCCAACGACUGCCUUCCAAUGGGCCAAUUCCUCCACAAUGUCUCGUUCAGUGCGGUGAAUCUGGCUUCGAUGAUGAAUGACCGACCAGACAAAUGUGCGACGGCGCUGGAUUCUGUGUUCAAGAUGAUGGCAGAAGGCAAGCUUCAGCCAGCACGAGAAGUGCAGCUUUACGGUAUUGGCGACAUGGAGUCGGCCUUCCGUUCAAUGCAGAGUGGAAAGCAUAUUGGCAAAAUAGUUAUUGAGAUGCGAAAGGAUCAAGUCAAGACCGUCUUGAACACUCACCCCAGCACGUCCCUAGAUUUCAAUGGCACGUAUAUCAUCUCGGGUGGGCUCGGAGGCCUCGGACGUACAAUUUCCACCUGGCUGGUUGACCGGGGUGCGCGCAAUUUGCUGCUCCUCUCACGCUCCGGGGCCCGCAGUCCCAAAUCCGCUGAGCUAUUGCAAGAGCUUUCCGCCAAGGGCGCAAAUGUCAUGAUACCGCGCUGCGACGUGGCAGAUGAGAAAUCCCUGGCCAGAGUCUUAUCCGAGUGCCAGGAACGCAUGCCCCCGUUCAAGGGAUGCAUCCAAGCCGCGAUGGUGUUGCGGGAUUCCAGUUUCGGGUCGAUGACCCACCAGGCUUGGCAGGAAGCAGCAUCCCCCAAAAUCCAGGGCACGUGGAACCUUCACCAGCAGCUUCCCCCCGGCAUGGACUUCUUCGUUAUGUUGUCGUCCAUCACCGGCCUUGUCGGAAGCAAAGGCCAGGCCAACUAUGCUGCGGGCAACAGUUUCCAAGACGCCCUGGCGCGCCAUCGUGUCGGGCUCGGAGAAAAAGCGACAUCCUUGGAUCUGGGUGCCGUUGGUUUCACUGGUGCCAUUGUCGAAGACGCAAAACUAGCGGAUAAGUUCUUGAACAAUUCGCCCUUCGUCGUCAUCACUGAGCCGGAGAUGCAUGGCGUGCUGGAUAUUUACUGUGACCCACACGCGGGGCCCUACACAGCAUCCACCUGUCAGACUGCUCUCCGACUGGCACCCCGGGUGGAGAAGAUCAACUAUGACGUCGAUUACUGGAUUGACAAGCCGCUCUUCCAACGGCUAGUUCCGCGGAACGGAGCGGGUAGCAACACCGGCUCUUCAGCGGAAAGUGCCAAUGUCGCUGCUAUGUUGGGAGAGGCGCAGUCACUUGCAGAGGCCAGCGCGGCGGUUAUUCAAGCACUUACGGCCAAGCUUUCUAAGGCGCUUUCGAUCGCUAUGCCUGAGCUCGAUGCUAACAAGCCUCUGCACCAAUAUGGUGUGGACUCGUUGGUGGCGGUGGAACUGCGGAGCUGGUUUACCAAGGAGGUGCAGGCAGAUAUCGCCGUUUUCGAUAUCUUGGGGAGCUCGACGAUCUCUUCGGUUGGACAAUUGGCGACUAGUAAGAGUAAGCUGAAGGGUGAAAAGUGGUGAGUUCCGGGCUUUUCUUUAAACAGAAAACAUCUUAUGAGGAUUAUAACCAGGAGCCUGUGAUAUAAAGUUACAUGUUAUUUGUUGAUAGUAGCAGGAGUUUAGAGAAUUAAUUGUU